UGGGUUGUAAAAUCAAUUAUAAUUUGAUAGUAUUAUUUAUCGACGUGACGCUAUAAUGGCCGCCGGGUCCAACUCAACGCUCAUGUAAUACUCCUUGUCCGCUUGGGUGUGCGUGGGCUUUUUGUGAUGUUCGCCCGUGCCCAUCUCCGCGGCGACGCUGUACGACACGAUGCGCAGGGGCAUGGAGUCCCAAAAUCGCUCCAAGUUGAUGGUGGGCAAGCCAGGCACGUGCACGAGUUUCCACGAAACAAAGUCGAUGUAGAAGCUGAAGAACGAAAACGUGUACGUGUCUUGGGUAUUGUACUUGUACAGGUCCUUCGUGGCCUUUCGCUCUGCCCGCGCGGCUGCCGACUCGCCAAAACUUUCCACCCCCAACGAUGGCGGCACUUGUCCAGACGGGGUGCACACGAAUUCAUCGACGGACGAGUGCAGCGGGAAACAAAUGUGACCCAGCUCUUCGUCGGAGGCAUGGCUCACGUCGUCGGGUGACGACAACCCGAGACUGUAGUGCAAACCGACCACAAGAAGGUUGAGCACGCCAAGUAAAAUGCCACAGAACGAACGUGUGAUGAGUCCGAGGUGCAUUUUCCUCGGCACUUCGCCGCCAAUGUACACUUGGCCCAGCGGAGGUUGCUUGAAGCGCCCCUGGAGCUGAAUCCAAAACGACCGACGUCGACCUGCAAACAAGUGUGACCACUUGGACGGCAUCGGGUCUGUUUUCAGGAGGAAUAAGAUCUGGCCGCUGAACAACUCGUUUUCGAACCGAAUGGGUGCAUCCGAGUUGGGCACAAUCACUUUGCCCUUUCGCAGCGGUGAUGACGGAUGCAUGCUUUUCGACGGCACACUAGUCUCAUGGACGCUCAAUGACGGGGCAUUCCACGGGUGCAUGUUGGCAGCCGUCGCCGCGGCAAUGGGAAUACGAUGGCCCAUAUGUCGAGGGGAAGAAUCCACAAUGCCAA